AAAUCAAACUGAAUGAAAUCAAGGGAAGAAAACUCCAGUUCACAUGAUGCAAUAUGCGAACUAUACAACGAAGACAAGAUCGUAAGGGAACCGCAAGAAGCCAACAAGCAAGCUUACGCAUGGCAGUCCCUGUAGAGCGAAGUGAAGAGAUAAAAGCGAUAAGAAGCAGCUGGGUGUGCUUGGCGUGGGCGGCGGUGCUCGUGGGCGUGGUGGCAGCGGCGCCCUCGGAGUCAGAGAGCCAGGGGGGAUUGCAAGGGGAGUUGGAGGAUGGAUAUAUGCGUGUGCCAGGGACUUACCGAGAUGGAAAGUUUGUUGUGUUCCUGUGGAGAAUCCCGCAGGACCCUUGCACCUCAGACGACGCCACGCUGACGGAGGGAACCUGUUUGCCUUACAAGGACUGCAAGUACAACAGCGGCACGACCUCAGGAUACUGUGCUAAGGGCUUCGCGUCUUGCUGCCUGCUCACGCGAACUUGUGGAGAGACGACGAGCUACAACAACACCUACUUCGUCAACCCGGGAUACACAGGCACCGACACAGGGACAGGCACGUGCACCCUCACCGUCAACAGAGUCAACAGCAACAUCUGCCAGCUGCGCCUCGACUUCAUUGACUUUGAACUAGACCAGCCGGACGAGGACGGUGUGUGCGUGACUGACUACCUGAGUGUCACGGGUGCCUCCUCUACCGUGCCUCAGAUCUGCGGCUCCAACACAGGCCAACAUAUGUACAUCGACGUGGAACCAAACAGCGGCCCCGUGCAGCUGACAGUGGAGCGCUCUACCGCCUCCACCGUGGACCGGGAGUGGAACAUAAAGGUGGCGCAGAUCCCAUGUGACUCCCAGUACCGAGCUCCGUCCGGGUGCCUCCAGUACUACACAGAGAGCACAGGCACCGUCAGCAGCUUCAACUUCGACAAUGCAGUACCGGUGCCAGAAUCAGGGACGCGGCAGAUCUCCAACACGGACUACAGCGUGUGUAUAGACAUGAUCGACGGCGCCUGUGGUAUCGAGUGGACGCGCAACACAACUGGAGGCAACUACGGGUUCACAGUCACGAAUAACGCCGACACUGCAGCUAUCCCGUCUGAUGUUGUGGGCACACCCGACGCGUCCUCCACGGGGACAGACUGCACCACUGACUACGUGCUCAUCCCCGGGGGCGUGACGGACGCAGGGGUGCAGAAUGACAGGUUCUGCGGCCUCGGCUUUCCCAACAGUGUCACCUCGACCACCAAGCCCUUCACUCUCAACGUGAAGACGGACGCUGACGAAGACGGACUCAACGACUUCGGGAACAGAGGCUUCAACUUAAACUACCGCCAAUUGACAAGCUGGCAGAUGGGCGGCAGCUGGCGCGGGCUGGUGGCGUGGGUGGUGGUGGUAGUGGUGGUGUUGGGCGGCGCCGCAGCCAUGAGUGUCAUCAACGAGGAGGAAGAGAUAAGCGUCAUCAAUGAAGAGGAGGGACAAGCAUUAAGAGAAAAGAUUGAUGGAGAGAAUGUUAAGCUACAGCGAGAGAGUGAGCGCGAGGACAGAGUGUUCCUCAUCUUCGCGAAAGUGCAGGCCGUCCAAUGCGCCACCAACGACACGCAGUUCCCCAUCGGGACUUGCCUCACUUCACACGACUGCAAUACAAAGGGCGGCGUGCGUUCCGUCUCCUGUGCCAGCGGUCUGGGCGUCUGCUGCAUCAUUAAAAAGACGUGCAACAGCGAGACGACGAUGAACAACACCUACUUCACGGAGCCGACCUCAGUCAGCAGUACUCAGAGCUGCACCCUCACCGUCAACAGAAUCAACACUAACAUCUGCCAGCUCAGGCUGGACUUCGAUACGCUCAAUCUCGCGCAGCCAAACUUAAACGGGGUGUGUGACAGUGACAGCUUCUCACUCUCCGGUGGGAUGUCCAUUGUACCUCAGAUCUGCGGUACGGCCACGAAUCAGCACAUGUAUUAUGAUGUGGACCCCCACGGCGGCGUUGUGAAGGUGCACAUUGACCGCUCCGUGCUCAACGUGUCCCCCGCCCCCUGGAGGAUCAGAGUGGCCCAGAUCCCCUGCGACUCCAAGUAUCGAGCACCUGUUGGCUGUCUCCAGUACUAUACAGAAACUAACGACCUCGUGACGAGUUUCAACUUCGAUGGCUCUUCAGUAAACGUGGAUACAAGACAGCUCGCGAACAUGAAUUACGGCGUGUGUGUUCGACGUGCUGACGGCUACUGCGGCAUUACCUGGAAAGUUCCCACAUCGGGGAGCAGAUACAGCUUCACCGUCACUGAAAAUACGGGCGUGGUUGACGACUCAGUUAUUGGAACGAGCCACGCCUCCUCGCGGGGUGACCAGUGCACUACCGACUACGUGGUGAUUCCCGGUGGCAUGUACAAGAACGAGGACACGGACAACGUGGAAAACCAUGCAGACAGAUACUGCGGCCUCGGCUUCCCUUCCUCCGUUAGCUCCACCGCGCAGCCCUUCGUUCUCCACGUGAAGACAGACGAGGAUGAGUCCAUGGAUAAGGGUAACCUCGGCUUCAGUCUUCACUACCGCCAAUCACCCUGCUAGACCCGCCGCUGCCGCCACCUGCAUGUGUCGCCAGGUGACUUGACGUAACCUGACGCGACCUGAUAUGACUUGGUGAUUGGCAAGACAGUCACGUGACCCACCACUUCCAGAGUCGUCUAUGACCUGUGCACACUUUAAUUUAUUCAUGUUGAUCCUUUCCCGCCCUUGUCACGUGACUGGAAUGCGGCGACGUGGUGGUGAUUAGCCAUUUUGUUAUAUAUAUACAUAUAUAUAUGUUGUUACGUUGUUGUCUGUAAAUUCAAUAAAAUUUUGUCAUAU